AUGCAGGCGCUCCUGGGCCCCAGCGGCGCGGGCAAGUCCACGCUGCUCGAGGUCCUGUCCCUCAGACGCCGCCCUGCCGCCGGCCGUGUCUCGGCGCCGCGCAGCCGGCGCGCCGUGGCGUUUGUCCCGCAGGACGGGGCGUUCCCCCCAACCCUGUCGGUGCUGGAGGUGGUGCGGUUUCACGAGGCCCUGCUGCCGCCGCACGCAGCCGUGCGCAACGCUGCCUUGAACGGGGCGGCCGGGGCGGCGGCGGGGGUGGCGGCAGCGGGGCGGCCACGGGCGGAGGCGGUGCUGCGAGUGAUGGGGCUGGGGGCGGCGGCGGACACACUGGGGGUGUAUGAUAUCCGCCUGUCCCUGGUUUCGUCCGUGCAGGUGGGCGGCGUGCUGCCCGGCGGCCUCGCCCUUCGCGGCCUCAGCGGCGGCGAGCGCAAGCGGCUGGCGAUCGCGUGCGGCGUGCUGGGGCGCCCCAGGGUGCUGCUGCUUGAUGAGCCCACCAGCGGCCUGGACAGCUGUGCGGCGCGCUCUGUCAUGGCUCACGUGCGGGGGAUGACGCGGCAGGACGGCCAGGCGGUGGUGGCGUCCAUCCACCAGCCUGCGGCGGUGCUGUGGGGGAUGUUUGAUGCGGUGACCCUGCUGGCGGACGGUUACCUGCUGUUCAACGGCCCCGCCCCCGGCCUGGCGCCCUGGCUAGGAGAGUCCCUUGGCCGCACCUACGAUCCCGCAGUCCACGGACUGCCCUCAGACUGGGCGCUUGGGCUGGCGUCGGCUUUUGGGCUGGGAGCAGUAUCAGAGGACAGCGGAUGCGAGGGCGGCCGCGCCGGCGAGGCGGCUUCUGCAGAGGAGCUGGCAGCAGUCGCCGACAGUUUCAAACUGCGACAGGAGGAGCUGCGUCGCCGCCAGCUGGCGCUGCUCGAGGCCGCAUCAGGCAGCGACGACGGCAGCAGCGGCAGCGGCAGCAGCGCCCCGACCGCAGCCGCCGCGGCCAAGCCUCCGCCGCGCCGCGGCUUCUGGUCGCAGCUGUCGACCCUAGCGCACAGGGAGCUGCUGCUCGUCACCCGCAACCCCGCCGACGUCGCCGGCCGCACGCUCACGUUUGUGUGGGUGGCUGCCCUUGUGGGUUUCUGCUUCCAGGGCAUCCCCGACACGGCCUCCGGCCUGCGGGCGCGCCUCAACAUCCUCUUCAGCUCGCUGUGCUUCCUGCUGCUGAUGCCGUUCCUGUCGACCUCGCUGCUGGCUGGUGGCAAGGAGGCGUUUGUGCGCGACGCGGGGGCGCGGCUGUACUCGCCGGCGGCCUACUACCUCGCGAAGGUGGCAGCGACCCUGCCCUUCGGCGUGCUGUCGUCCGCCUGCUUCCACUUGGUGGCCUACGGGCUCACAGGGCUCAGGGGCGGCGCCUGGGCGGCGGCGCAGAGCUGCACGCUGGGCGUGCUGGCCUACCUAAUUGGGGCGCAGAUGCUGCACCUGGCUGUGCUGCUGACGCCCCACCAGGACUCAGCCUUUAUGCUAGCCAUCGGAUGGACCUCCCUUCAGAUGAUCUUCUCAGGGUUCUUCGUCGUCUUUGGGGAGCUGCGGUACAGCUGGCUGGCCCAGGUGCGCGCGCGUGCCGCACUCGCCGGCGUCGCGGCCCACUGCCCCUGCCCCGAGCGACAGCUGCGCCACGUCAGCGCGAUGUACUUUGCCCUGGAGGGCACGGCGGUGGUGGAGUUUGCGGGCAGGGACUUUGCGUGCGACGCCAGCGGCCUCGCGCCAGGCGCAGCCGCGCUGCUCUCAGGCCUGGUGGUGAACGCCGCCGGCGCGCCCGCCCUGCCGCCCGCGGCGCUGCUGGCCGGCGCAAUGCAGGGCGGCGGCGGCGGCUGCGGCGUGCGGGCGGACGCCGUGCUGCGGUACUACGGGUUUGACCGCAGCUUUGGGGGGUCUGUCGGCGCCCUAGCGGCGUACCUGGGAGUGCAGCACCUGCUAAGCUAUGCUGCUGUGGUGGUGCUCGCGCGGCGGCGCUAG